AUGGAUGUGAAUGUGCGGGAUGGCCACUGCGCCUCGCCUUCCGCCUCUGCACCCGUUCAUUCUCUUCUCUUCAUCAACGCCCACACGCUUCUCGCUAUUGCUCCAACCUUUCCUCAAGACCUUUUUAUGCAACCAGAGCCUACUGCCGUAUUUCAACGUGCGACCCCCGUUGACUCAUCCCAAGUCGAUCCCAGUCCCACCCAGCAUGGACAUGACCUCGAUGACGCUCAAGUCUCUGACCUUCUCCAGCGAGAGAAGGCUACAGUCUCUGUGGAUGUCUCCGACAUGUCGGUCCAAGGUGAACAGCACGCGUCCGUGAAUAUCGACGGUCGCCCUGCCCCGCCCCCAGUCGAUCGAGUGAGUCAGUAUGAGAACGCUGGAACUCCCGGGACUCCCCCUAUGCAACAAGAAGAACUUGCAUUCCAGGUAGUGGCUUCCAACGGCCAGUCGCAAGGAUCUCUUGAGACCUUCCCCAAUGAGGUCCUCACUCAUAUCCUCUCGCACCUUCCUCCGCAGUCCUUGUCGGCUAUCACCCUGGUGUCUCGUCGAUUCCAUGCACUAGUCACAACGCCACACGCCUGGAGGAUCGCCUUUUCGCGUUUCUUCCCGGGGCCGCAGGCUGUAGAGGAUGAUCGUCAUACCACGAUCAACGAUGAAGACUUGCUGUCGGACCGGCGGUACUUCUCAAGGCUAACUGCACUGGCAUCUUGGCGCAGCGAAUACAUUUUACGCACCCGCUUGAUGCGAUCUUUAUCCCGAGGCAAACCUGCGCAGUUCGAGCCGCCUAAGAGGAAUGGCACCGUACGAACGGCGAGUGCUCGUCAUGGGAGCGCGAUAGCGACAUACACUUCGAAUCUGCUCUUCCCAGUUAGCCACAUCCACGGAUCUUUCAGCCCGGAUAAGGACCCCCACUUCAUUCAUGGCGCUGCUGAGCAAGGCAUCGCAUCUGCAAGCGAUCCCUCGACAAUUAAAGUCGGCACCUGGGGUGUUUCCGAUCACCAGAUGUUCCGUCACUUUGCGGACCUAUUCCCUGCAGAAGCACAGUAUGGCCUGGGAGCCGGCGACGUGGUUGGUCUGCCCAACGUGAUGGAUGUCAGCCAGUUAUAUGGUAUGGUCUAUGGCGAAGCCUGUCCGCAGGGACGCAGCUACUUCAUUUCAACGACGGAACAGCGUGGUCGGUUCCUGGUGCCUUCAGAAUUGGGUUCCCAUCCAAAGCUUGGAAUACCUGCGGUGAACAUGAUUACCCAUGCUGUUUGCUCAGUUUGGAUUGCCAAAUCCUCUCGCAUUCUCAAGAUGACAGAGGGGCUCGUCGGAACGAUGUCUGGUUCAUCCUCCGGGGUGCUUACAGCGUAUUCUCUGGGUCCUAAUCCGACUUACGAAAAGCGAUAUGAACGAGGUCAGCCGACUGCUAAAUGGGUAUUAAGUCCUGGUGUUCCUAUCAUUGGAAUCGCCGUAGAUGAACAAUAUUCGACCAAGCGCCAUUUAGAAAGACGUAUUUGGGCUGUUGCUCUAAAUGCUUUGGGAGAGAUCUUCCAUCUGACUGAACUUCCUCGGCAGCCGAAUGUCCCUUUUACCGCCAAACUCGAUGCUGAGCAACUUGACGAGCUAGCUUGGAAGACUGGCAGAAGUGCGCGCUGGGAAUUGGUCGAAGCAAGCAGACGUGUGGCACGCCCAGACCCCUUCAACCGUGAACUUGUUGAUGGCAGCUACAGUCCGCGCUCAUCCUCCGAUUCCAUGGCCCUUAACGAACAUCAGAUUGCGGCUGAAACAAAGGAGAUUGAAAAGUUUCUUUCGUUCAAACCUAAGCACUUCCGCAAAGUCUGUGAAAGCUGGAAUAUGCAACGCGAACUUGAGGUGGACUUUGCUGGUGGUGAUGGUCGUGGGGCUGGCGAGUCGGUUAUUGUCAUUGCGCGUGGUUCAGGUGAGGACGAACAGGCAUCGAUCAAGCGAUUCAUGCGCUCUCCCCCAAAACUCGAUUCUGCCUCAUUCACACCAGAGUCUCGUCCUCUCGCUACGCCGCCACCGCCGUCACUUUUUGGUGGCCCAACAUCGACUUCGCCGGUCAACAGUGUCCCUUCUUCUCGAUCUUCCAGCCGAGAGGCCCUAUCGACUUCUACAAGCUAUGAAUGGCGCCUAUCAGAGUUCGUCUUCGGCGAUUGCAAAUCUGUGGAAGUCAGUACCACCGCACUGGAUACUUCCGACUUUGCGAACAUCACGGCGGAAGAAGACCCUCUUUUAGCAAUGUCUGGGAGCUCUCACUCGUCUGCGACUUCUUCGCCAAUGCUGCCUCACAUGGACCAACCGCGCUCCAGUCUCGAUGUUCCUGGACAACGCGCUCGAUAUCUCGCAAUUGGAACCAAUAGUGGAAUGCUCUUUGUCUGGAACAUUCGUGCACCAGCAGCACCAUCUACUGAGAUCAUUAAUUCCAUAUCUCCUCUGCGCAUUAUCCAAACGGAGUCGCCUCAAGUGUCUUGCCUGGCCGUCACCUCGUUGUACCUGGUACACGGUGGCAAUGAUGGCCUCGUGCAAGCCUGGGAUCCUUUGGCGUCUUCCACCAGGCCGAUUCGAACGAUCAACUCCCGCUUCUCAUCCCGCGCCCGUCGUCGUCUUGUACAAGCCGAGGCAUCUGUCCUAGGCGUUGGCAACAAUUUCUACGCCACGGGAGCCAUUUGCCUUGAUACAGAUCCUACUGUUCUACGUGGAAUGGUUUCGCUGGGCACACACUUGCGCUACUGGUCAUACAGUUCUUCUUCGGCUGAUCAAUACAAAACCAGCAAGCGUCGCCUGCGUCGCUUAAUGCGCGGUAACAACGGCACCCCCGAAGGUCAACGUUUCAACAACAGUGGCCGUGGUGCAAUCCAGGACUACAUCGAAGACGAACGUGUGGAAAUGGAACGACAGAAGAUCGCGGAUGAGAAGGAGCGAGCCCAUCUGAGUCAGCGUUUCGGUGUGGAUCUGCUGGGGCCAGAUGUUGACGAGGAGCAGCUCUUGCUCUAUGCCCAACUUCUGAGUCAAGAGGCUUACUCGGGCGACGCCACCAAGAGCGAUGAAAAUGCAGCAGUUUCUAGCUCGGUCACAAGUGGCUCCUUCCCAGAUAUUGUUGGUCCCGGUUCCUUUGGCCCUGGCGAGAUCUCAUCCUCUUCAUCCCCCUACCAAGAUGCGGUUGAUGACAAUGAUGACGAUGAACUGGCCGAGGCAAUUCGUCGCAGUCUGCUCGAAGAACAGGAUGCUCCUCCGCCAUUUGAUCUCACGUCCUCUAUUCCCAUCAAGUACGCGAAAGGAAUGCAACCACGCCAACCAUCGCCUCGGCCCCAUGAGGCCGAGGGCAGUAGACAGCAAGAGAUCGAUGAUCUGGAAUUUGCCAUUCAGCUUAGCUUGGCCGAAGGCAAAAGUCGGGAGGAGGAAAAGGAGUGGGAAGAGUUCCCAUCCCUCGCACCGCCUGUGUCGACCUCGCCAUCGGUGACAUCACACGGGAGGCCGGACUCUCGCGAUCCCGCACCAGAAGAUGAGCUCUUCCGCGCCGGUCUCCAAGUCCGCCGCGAAGUCCUAGGCGAUGACUAUGUGAACAAAGCCAUCCUAGAGCCAAAUGGCUUCACGGAACUUCUCCAGGAUCUCGUAACUAAAGUAGCAUGGGCCAUGGUCUGGACAAGGCCCGGCUUAUGUCGAGCCACGCGAACCAUGCUCACCAUUGCACCAUUGAGUGCGCUUAAUCGCCUGGAUGAACUCGCUCUACAUCUUCGAGGCGCACUCAGAAAUGGAGUCACCAAAGCCGAGAACCAGGAGGUUAUGCUUCAUACGUCCAUGUACGCUGGUAUGCCUGUCGCAGUGUCGUCGUUUAAGCUCGCCGAUCGGGCUUUGAAGGAGAUGGAAAAUGAGCCAAAGAGGUGUUCUAAGCUUUAA